AGUAAAUCAUUACAUUGACGUUUGUUCAUCUAACUUUAGUUUAAUUUAUAAAUUUUCUAUAUAAAUAAUUAGUCUUGAUAUAAGUUGUGAAAGCAAUUCUAUUCUAGUCUAAUUAAUAAAGUUUUUAAAGAAAUGUAAAUAAAUAAAAUAAAGUAUUUAAAUAAAUAUGUCUAGUAGGAAAGUAGCAUCGCGUAGGACUAAGGUGCUAGCAAAAUUAGUGACUAGAGAGAAAGGUCCUUGUGUAUUUUGCCGUGAUGAUGUAGAUGAUGAGAUAAUAUACGGCAAGUUGUAUGCUAUUGGCGAUAUAAAAUGUCAUUAUUUUUGUGUUUUGCUGUCUUGUUGCCUGGUGCAAAAAGGCAAAGAUGAGGAGGGACUGUUUGGAUUCCUGUAUCCUGAUAUACUGGCAGAAGUGGAGCGGAGUAAGAAACAUAGAUGCUCCUAUUGCGGCCGCGAUGGUGCCUCCCUGGGGUGCUCCGUCAGCCAGUGCCGUAAGCAAUUCCACCUACCGUGCGGGAGGCGAAGAAUGGCCGUGUCACUGUUUUAUGGGACUUACAAAUCAUAUUGCCAGAAUCAUGCGCCGAAACAAAUUAUCGCCCCCAAUAUAAUGGUCAAUGCCAGGAUCAGAAUGGCAAAGGCCAGGAAGAAGGAACAACAUGCGACAUUAGACCGUGAUGGAUGUAGUAGUGACUCCAAUAUAUGCGAAGAGACGGUGUGUGUGAUAUGUUAUGAAGAAGUGGCUGGGUAUCCAACGCCGGAGACGUUCUGGCCGCCGUGCUGUGCUCGAGAUGCCUGGUUCCACAGGACUUGUUUACAGCGCAUGGCUCUCAGCGCCGGCAUGCACUAUUUGAAAUGUCCGCUGUGCAACGACAAAGACAAUUUCUACGAGGCGGUCAUCAGUCAAGGAUAUUACGUGCCAGAUAGGGACGCAGCGUGGGAACUGGAGCAGAACGCGUUCGCGGAGAUAUACGAACGGGAGGCCGCCUGCGACGCCAUCUGGUGCCAGUGCCCGCGCGGCCGCCGCCACGACGGUGACGGACCCUGGGAUAUAAAGCUAUGCAUCCUAUGCGGUAGCAGUGGCAUCCAUCUGCAUUGUCUUACCAUGGACUCUGAAUCUAGCGGUGAGGACUCUUCUGGGAGUACAGGGGACUCCACUAAUAGCACUGACGACUCUCCUCCAGGCACUGUUUAUUCUAAUAGAAGCACUGGUGAAUCAAAUAGAGGCCCUGGUGGAUCCGCUAGUGCCUCUGGGAAUUUUACUGAGGGUUCUAUGGUCUGUGGUGUCCAUCCAGAGCACUACGUGUGCCGCGUGUGCCGGCCUGCCGCGCCUGAAGAUCUAGAAACGUUGGCCAACAGUAUUGAAGCAGUGAUACAGGCGGAGCGUGCGCCGGCGCAAGCCGCGCGGCCUCUGAUGCGCGCGCGGAUGUCGCUCAGGCGGACCAAGGCGCACGCAGCAAGCAGUUCUUCUACAUCGCAAGAUUGCAUUCAAAUUAAAACUGAGAAGGAUGAGAAAGACUGGAAUACAGUGUCAAGCCGUCAGCAAUUGAACCUGAAACCGCCCAGGCGGCCGCUAGUCGAGGCCACCGUCCUCAGGAACAUUGACAUCAAAUCACCCGGGAAGCUGCUCGAGCACAGCAUCAUAGAGGUGACGCAUCAGAGCGAGAUAGCAAUAGACGCGAAACUGCUGGAGAAAGUGAGACGGAACUUUAAGAAACCGAAGCCGUUGUGUGUGAAGAAAAGGAUUGUUACGGAUAUUAUAGAGAAUUUCUUGAACGCAUCAACGAAGGAAUCUCCGAAAAACAAGGAGCCAGUUAAAGAAUGGUGCUCACCGAAGAAGCUGACAGAGAUCAAAUGUGAAAAUGAGGAACAAGAAAAUAUCCCACCCUCGAAAUCUCAGUAUAACAGUCCGCUAAAAACAUCGAAAACUACACCAAAGAAGUUGUCUUCGCCUAUUUCCGUCGAUGAAGAGACACAAGAUUGUUGUAUUGUAACACCAAUUAAAACGGAGUGCAUAGAUGUCGACGAAUCCUCGAGUUCCACCUUCCAAUUGCCACCUGAAUUUAUAGCAGACCACAGCGACGACAGUUUACCAAUAAUAGACACGCCCAAAUUAAAAACUGUUGAUAUAAAAAAGGAUUCCAGCCUAGAAAUAUCUGAAAACAACGAAGUAGUCAACAUAAAUGUAGUUCAAAUGGAGCAAACCAGUCCGAACGUGGAUUUUAUUAAGCAAUUAAACAUAAAAAGUCCUAAUAAGUCCAAGAAGUGCGCGUUUAAAUUUAGUCCGCUAGAUAAAGAGACAUUAGAAUCGGAAAAUGUCGAUAUUGACGUGGAGAGCUUUAAGAAUCAAUAUUUGAAUGAAGUCGUUCGAGAUUUUAAAUGUAAAUUCAAACAUAAUCAUUCUGAGGGAGUGAAUACUGGCAAGAAAUUGAAAACGCCCAUAGACUUCGCCAUUGAAGCGAACAGGAAACGGAAAUUUACCGAUAUGAAAAAGAGCGGGAAAAGAAAAAAGGUGUCGAAAAAUAAAUAUGUUGAGUGUAACGUUAAAUGCGAGCCCGACACAGAGAUAGAGUUGUCGAAUAAUGACAGUAAUUUGAAAUUGUCACUGGCCUCAAAGAGACGCAAGAAAAAAAGGAAAAAGUCAACGAAUUUGUCUAUUAAAGAUAAAAAUAUAAAAGUCAAGAUUCGAUGGCGGGAAAGGCAACUUAAAUUGAAAAUAACCGAUUCGCAAAAAAGAAAAAAGGACUUGUCUUCUCCAAAGAGUUUGAAACAGUAUGUUUUAAAAUAUAACGAGGGAUCGUCUAAAGAUGUGUUAGAGAAGCCAGCACGUGAUGUAACGCCUAUCAAGAGGAAAUACGUAAAGCUAGAAAAGUCGCCGGACAAUCUGAAACAAACUUCUAUACAGAGUUUCUUCAAACUGGUCCCCAAGAAUGAAUGAAUAUAUGACCUGUACUUCAUUGGUACAGUCCAUACAUGAUCGCAGCACUAUUUAACCGACUUCAAGAAAGGAGGUUCUCAAUUUGAUUGCAAUUGUUUUUUUAUGCAACUUAGAAUGGCAAACAAGUUGACGACCCACCUGAUGGAAAGUGGCAACCGUCGCCUAUAGACAUGUGCAGUACCGUGGACAUAACAAAGUAUACUGUUUCGGCCAUGAUACCUCCCAUGCAUUGCCAUUCCUGAGGACUCGGGUGUUAUUCCUGUGUACUGUGUAAAUUCACUGCCAUAACCCACCCUCCAAACCGAAACACAGCCAUGCAAACACAACUGCUUCACGGUUGAAACACGAAUGGAACAGAGGUACCCAAGCAAUCGACUUUGUAUUCAUUAUACAUCAUCCUCAUGUCCUACAGCCUCAAUGGUCCCGUACUGUGCGGUUUCAGAGAUGUUUCCUCCCACGAACACGCAGGUUGUGGAAUGAGCUCACUGCCGAGGUUUUCCCAAGAGACUUCAGCAUGGAGUUCUUCAAAAGGGGGGUAAAUAGGUUUCUUCAGGGUCGGCAACGCACGCGUAAUACCUCUGAUAUUGCAGGCGUUCAUAGGCUACGGUAACCACUUACCAUCAGGUGGGCCGUAUGCUUGUUUGCCACCUCAGUAGUUUAAAAUAAAUAACUGGGUACAGAGGAAUAACACCUGAGUCCUCAGGAAUGGCAACGCAUGGGGGGUAUCAUCGGCGAAACAGUAUACUUUGAAAUAGGUUGGUUGUCUACAUGCUAACUGUACUUAUAAGCCAUGGAAAUAUUUUUCCUUUUUGGCGACUUGAUUAGACUAUAUUUAAAAUACACUAUCUGGACUUAACACGAUCGACGUGGAUUGUACCACGACGUGGUCACGAUGGCAAAAAAGAUGCAGGUAUGGUACUGUUUACCUGCAAAAAUGUUUAAUUGCAUUAAGUCGAGGUUAGUGUAUUUAAAAUAUGUGUAAACAACGCGAAAAUUUAAAUUUCUGUUUUCAUUAAAUUUUUUUGAAUUUGUCUACUUGUGUUAAAAGUUUAAGGAUAUAAUAGAAACCUUCAGGAAAAGGUCUAAAUAACGUUACGUGGUUUAGAAGAAGUAAACGGAGAAACGGACAGAAGUGGUCAGUGGCCAUAUUUAUAUACAUCACAAUAGUUUGAUAAUUUAAUUAUGUGCUAAAAUAAAUAACAUAAUACCUAAGUGUGUAACAUAUGAUAAUGGAAUGGAAACUCCUGCGCUAACGGUGUACGCUGACGGGGCACCUAUAAGGGCUGAUUAGGUGAGGAUGAAAAGGCAGGUCAAUUAGCCCACCGUGAUGAAUACACGUAAUUCAGCGCGAAGGUUUCCACGUGAAGACCAUUUGGAGGUUGACCUGAUGACGUAUAUUGGUAGCAAUAGAAUUGGUAGUCGGCAUUAUUAAUAAUCCUUUAAUUAAAUUUGAUAUGGGUUAUAUUGUUACCAAUAUCAGGUCGAUCUCCAUGCAUUUUCCCCUGUAAACUAUCUUGAUUAAUUCUUGUGAAAUCCGUUACAAUGGGUUAACUAACUUGCUUUUACCUUCAUCUAUCAUCUCUCACUGGUGCCAUACCAGCGUAUACCGAUUGCGCAGGUGGGGAUACCAUUAUCGCCCAUUAAAAUAAUAGUUAAUUUAAAAGGGUGCUCCAUAUUUUAAAAUAUAUAAACUGUUAUGUAUUUUUUACACCUAAACAGUACAGCAAUUAAAUUACACUAUGUAAUUAUAAAAAAAAAUGUAAAUAGAAUACAAUUUUAGAAUACUUUUAUUUUGUAAUAAUCAAGCACUUUUCAAUCGUAUAUUUUUUUUACUAUUGCAAUAUUCAUGUUCGAGAUUUUUAAAUCUCGCGGGCGAAGCAAUAUUUGCAUGUAAUAGUUGCCAGUAUGUCAUAGAAUAUUAAGUUUAGUAGUUUUUUAAAUAUAUUAUUUAGCACUUGUAGUUUAUUAUAUGAAAUUUAUCAUUUAGAGCAACGCCCUGAAUAAUUAGCAUUAUAUUAAAAAAAAAAGCCCUCUUAAACUUAGGCAAUGUUUAUACAUUUCGCACUGGUUGUUUAAAUUUUUAGUGUAAAUAAAUUGCAAGUGAAUAAAUGUUAAAUCCCAAAAUUCCGUUUUUCA